UCUCCCUUGCCUCCUCCUCCUCCUCCUCUUCCCCGAUACUCGUCAGGGAUACAGCACGAGCAAGAGUGCUUCGUGCAGGACUUCAGGCGGUGCGUGCGGGGAUACGGUUGCCUAUGGUGCGGAAGAGCCCGCGGAGGGCGGCGCCAGCGAGUGCUGUGUCGUCGGCAAGCGUACAGACGGUGAAGCGGAGCCGGAAGCGGCGCUUGAGUACGGCAGCGCUGGUGCUCGAGGUGGAGGAACCUAGCGACGAGAGCGAGGGCGAAGGCAAGGAGGGCAAGAAGGCGGCGGCGACAGCGGGCAAGAGCAAGCAGCGGAAGAAGCCGGUGGCGACCAAAGACGACGAGCCGCCGGCCCAGUGGGCCGAGGUCUACCGGCGGAUCGAGGAGAUGCGGGCCAAGGAGGACGCACCGGUCGACACCAUGGGCUGCGAGCGGGCGGGAGAUACUGCGGCAGUGCCCGAAGUCUUUCGGUUCCAGACACUGGUGGCGCUGAUGCUGUCGUCGCAGACCAAGGACGAGAUCACGCACGAUGCGAUCGGGCGACUCAACGAGGGUCUCCCGGGCGGGCUCACCCCGCAGGCUGUUGUCGAUGCCGAGCCCAGCCACAUCAACGAACUCAUCCGGCGUGUUGGCUUCCACAACCGGAAGACUGGGUACCUGCAAAAGGCUGCGGCGAUCAUACUCGACGAGUACGGCGGCGACAUUCCGCCUACUGUCGAGACGCUGGUCAAGCUCCCGGGUGUGGGGAUGAAGAUGGCCAUGCUCGCCAUGCAGUGCGCCUGGUUCAUCAACUCGGGCAUCGGUGUCGACGUCCACGUCCACCGCAUUGCCAACCGCCUCGGCUGGGUGAACAAAACCAAGAACCCCGAGGCGACCCGCAUCGAGCUCGAGGCCUGGCUGCCCAAGGAUAAGUGGGGUCCCAUCAAUCCGUUGCUUGUUGGCUUUGGCCAGACCGUUUGUCGGCCCGUCGGCCCGCACUGCGACCGCUGCACUGCCUCGGACCUCUGCCCAUCAGCCUUCAAGAGUGCCCGCAAGAAGCAGCGUCGGUGACGGAUUGUCUCGAUCCGACGCCGACCCCGUCCCCGACACUGACUCCAAACCCGC